AAAUUUUGUAGUGUGUGCACGAUGCGCGUGAGAGGACGAAUCUUUUAGGCGCGAAAACAAUACAAACAUUUGUCACUUAUCAUGUAUAUAAAGUCGAUGAUACUGGAGGGAUUCAAGUCCUAUGGCAAAAGAAUCGAGGUAAACGGUUUCGACAAAGAAUUUAACGCGAUUACUGGAUUCAACGGUAGUGGAAAAUCAAAUAUCUUGGACGCAAUAUGUUUUGUUUUGGGCAUUACAAAUCUUGGACAGGUACGUGCUACCUCUUUACAAGAUUUAGUAUACAAGUCAGGUCAGGCAGGUAUAAAGAAAGCUAGUGUCACAAUAUUAUUUGACAAUUCUGAUAAGAAUUCAUCCCCUAUGGGUUAUGAAGAGUAUGAUGAAAUUAUAAUAACAAGACAAGUUAUAAUUGGUGGUUCUAAUAAAUACAUGAUUAACGGGAGAAAUGUACCAAACAAACGUGUACAAGACUUGUUUUGUUCAGUGCAAUUGAAUGUAAAUAAUCCACACUUUUUAAUCAUGCAAGGUAGAAUAACAAAAGUAUUGAAUAUGAAGCCUCCAGAAAUUUUGUCUAUGCUUGAAGAAGCAGCAGGAACAAAAAUGUAUGAAAAAAAGAAACAAUCUGCACUGACAACUAUAGAAAAAAAGGAUAGCAAAUUAAGGGAGAUUAAUGAUAUUUUAAAAGAAGAGAUUGGUCCAAGGUUGGACAAAUUGAAAGAAGAAAGAACGCAAUAUGUAGAAUUUCAACGUUUAGAAAGAGAGCUGGAACAUUGCAAAAGAAUUCAUCUUGCAUGGAAAUAUGUCACAGCUUUGGAAAAUAGUCAGAAAACCGAAGAGGACGUCACGAUAGUACAAAACAAAAUAGAUGCAAACUUAAGAAACAUAGCUGCUGGCGAAGAAGAAAUUAAGGAUAUAGAUCAGAAAUACGACGCAUUAUUGAAGAAAAAAGAAGCAGAAAAAGGUGGCAUAUUAGAAUCUUUAGAGCAAAAACUGCAAGAAUGGGAGAAAAAACAGUUUAAAUUGGCGGCUGAAGUGAACAGUAAUAAAGAGAACAUUAAAAGCACAAAGAAAACAAUUGAACAAAUAAAAACCAACAUAGCUGACGAUAAAAACGCGCUCGUAUUGAAGGAAAAAGAAUUGGAAAAAGUCGGGGGACUUUUUCAAAAGUUAAAAGAGAUGGAUCAGAAAGAUAGCGAAGCAGUACUAGAGGCACAAGAAAAAUACCAGAAAAUCAGCGCGGGACUGCUGGAAAGUGAAGAUGGUGAAAACGCGACGUUGGAGCAACAACUAAUACAUGCAAAACAAAGUGUCACACAGGCACAAACUGAACUUAAACAAUGCGAAAUGACAUUAAAUCACAACAGACAACAAUUAAGUAAGAAACAAAAAGAAAUGCAAAAUACAGCGAGCGAAUAUCAGAAAUGUAAUGUGGGUUUGGAAACGAAAGAGAAGGAAUUGAAAAAUUUGGAAAAUAAUUUACAAAAAUUGAAUUAUAAGGACGGGCUUUCGCAAGACUUAAACACGCAAAGAAGUAACUUGAUUGCGGAAAUAAGACAACUGCGUGAGAAAGUGGAUCAGUUUGAAUCAAGAUAUCCUCAAACGAGAUUCGAAUAUCGUAAUCCGGAAUCUAAUUUUAAUGCGAAAUCUGUUAAAGGCAUUAUUUGCAAAUUGAUGAAUGUAAAGGAUAAGAGAGCCGCGUACGCCUUGGAAAUUGCUGCAGGAGGAAAACUUUAUAAUGUAGUAGUGGACACCGAAACCACAAGUAAAAAACUUCUUCAACAUGGACAGUUGCAACAACGAGUUACAAUUAUUCCGCUUAAUAGAGUGUCUGGUAGAUUCAUGGAUCAACAGACAGUCGCUCUGGCAGAAAAACUGGUUGGAAAAGAGAAUGUUCAGCCUGCUCUGUCUCUCAUAGAUUUCCCGAAGGAAGUUACUCCAGCAAUGACUUGGGUGUUCGGCCAGAUAUUCGUAUGCAAAGAUAUGGAAACCGCCAAGAAAAUAGCAUUUCAUGAGAAAAUUAUGAAGAAAUGCGUUACUUUGGAAGGCGAUCUCUUUGAUCCAGCUGGUACAUUGUCCGGUGGUGCGCCGUCGAAAACUGGAUCGAUUCUAUUGAAACUAGAGGAAUUCAAAGAAGUUCAGAACAAACUGAAUGAAAAAGAACGUCUCCUAAAAGACGUAGAAACUAAGUUAACCAAUAUUGCACAAAUUGCGGAAAAGUAUGCGUCGUUAAAACAAAAACAUGAUCUGUUAACAUAUGAAAUUGGUACAAUCCGGCAGAGGUUGGAACAAACCAGUCAUCACAAGAUCAAGGAAGAGAUGGAUUCUCUAUCUGCGUCUAUUGAAGAACUCACACAAAGGAUGACUGCAGCAAAGAAGUUGGAGCACGAUAGUGCGAAACGUGCAAAAGUCAUAGAAGCCAAGUUAAACGAUGCAGAAAACGUUCGUGAAAAACAAUUGAAGAACGCCGAGAACUAUUUAAAUGUUUUAAAAAAGAAAGCGGAACAAAGUCGCAAAGAAUGGCAGAAAAGGGAACAAGAAUCGGAAACACUCGAGUUGGAGAUAGUGGAAUUGCGAAAGACCAUUGAAAGCGGUAACGAGCAAUUGCGUCAAGCGACAGAGGAAAUUAACACGUUUGAAAACAAAGGAAAAACUCUUGGAGAAGAAUUGGGACAGGUGAAAAUCGAAGUUCAAGAGCUGCAGGACAGCAUCAAGGAACAAAAGAACAUAAUAAAUCAGCAAAAUAAAGAUAUGAAAAAUUUGAUAGCAAGAAAAGAGGAUAUUAUUAAACAAAACAAGGAACUGCAACUCGACAUUAAAAAGUUGAAUCACGAAAUUAACGACAUCAAAAAAAGCGCAGAGAGUUGCAGACGUAAAGUUACAGAGCUCGCGAAUAAGUACGAUUGGAUUGAACAGGAAAAAGCUUAUUUCGGAAAGAAAGGUGGUAUAUAUGAUUUCGAAAUUAACAAACCAGAAGAAUUGUUACAAAAAAUACAAUAUAUGGAAGGAGUACGCGAAAAGUCACGUCGUAAUAUCAAUACGCGAUCGAUCAAUCUUCUUGACAAGGAGGAAGAACAAUAUAACGAUACGUUAAAAAAGAAAAGAAUAGUCGAAAAUGAUAAAAACAAAAUUCUCGAAACAAUUAAACACUUGGAUAAACAGAAGAAGGAAACUUUGAUCAAAGCUUGGGAACAGGUCAACAAAGACUUUGGUUCGAUAUUUAGUACCUUACUGCCAGGAGCCGAGGCCAAGUUACAACCGCCGGAAAACGAAACGAUCACAACUGGUUUAGAAGUGAAGGUCGGAUUUUCGGGUUUGUGGAAAGAAUCGUUGGGAGAAUUAUCCGGAGGUCAGAAAUCCUUGGUUGCCUUGUCGUUAGUUUUAGCUAUGUUAUUGUACAAACCAGCGCCGCUUUAUAUUUUGGACGAAGUAGACGCUGCUUUAGAUCUUUCGCACACAGAAAAUAUAGGUAUAAUGUUGAAGAGACAUUUCAAACAUUCACAAUUCAUUGUUGUCUCGUUAAAAGACGGUAUGUUUAACAAUGCCAACGUUUUAUUUACAACUAGAUUUAUUGAUGGCAUGUCAACAAUAAGUAGAACCGAAAAGAAAUGAGAUCUAAAUAUAUUGC